AAAUCACUCCCGCACUUGGUGGCUCAGCUCAGUUCUUAAUUGAGUUUCGUCAUGUUUUGUUCACGGCAAAGCGCGUUUCUACAAAUUGCUCUGCUAUUUACCGGCGCUCUAGUGUUGUUGCUUUUACACGGCACCAUCACUGAGGCAUAUUCCGGUCUAAUAGCGCCUGAUCCAGAUAAUCCUGGCAAAUGUGUCUAUCGCGGCGAUGAACUGAAGCUGGGAGUAAAUGUGGGCAUUGCUCCCUGCCAGCGUCUCACUUGCCAUGAGAAUGGUUCCAUACACCUUGAGGGUUGUGGGAAAUUGCGCAUCGAGAGCUGCAAUAAUGGGGAGCGCAUCCAUGCGGACAAACCAUUCCCGGAAUGUUGCAAGUUGCGUUACAAAUGCAAGAAACCUGAUGGGACGCCUUACUACAUUGAGCGCGAUGCAUUCGCUAGCGAGCAGCAGAACAAGCUGCGACGUUGAGUGGGCGGAAAGAAAUGGAGAGAGAUCGCAAAAGUGAAUGAAGUGGUGUAGAGCGGGCAGGAGACGAUGGAAAAAAUAUGAGAUAAAAGCGAUCAACUUCAACUGAGUGGUGAAGAGUAGGCGUGCUCGGAAUUGGAAGCAAACAUUGAGAUUACUUUGAGUUGGAACCAGAGAUAAGGAGAGAGAGAAAGAGAGAGGGAGAGUGCAGGAGAACGGAAAAGCGAGUGGGCGAAGGGAAGGUGUUUGUGUGAGACGUGAGCAACAGCGCCGCUGAUAAGGCUUAAGGCACAUAUUUGUGUUGUUUUUCUUAGUUUAUGAUGUAGUUGUAUGUCUAGAUAUUUACAUAACCUUAGUUCAUUGAUUUUGUUUUGAAUUAUGUAUUUUUUUAUUUUUGUUUACAUUAGAAAUAUAUGAAAACAUAUUUAUUAUCAACAACAAAAAUAGAAUAUGACCGUGGGUGGGACAGUGGCUACACGCGAGCUCGCAGAUUGGCUGGAACGUAUGAGUUUGUAACAUUUUUCCUUCCAUAAAGAAGUUUGCUUGUCCUUCUUAGAACAUAUAUAUAUUGCAAAUGAGACACCCACAGUAGUUUUUUUAUGCAAGUCGAAACUACUCUGUAAUAAUAAAACGCAGUAUAUUUAGCGCAACAGCCAUUCUAGAGGUGAGAUUACUUUACCUAAACGCUCUUCAAAGAUUUUUUAUGAUUAGCUCAACUUUAUUAAUGAUACUCCAUGUAUUUAUUUAUUUAAAAGAUUUAAAAAUCGAAGAUUACUUGCCAUCAACCUUUUUCAAAAAUAUUUUGGGAGGUCAUUUGUAAGACUCUAAGGAGUGUAAAAAUGUACAACAAAAAUAAAAUAAAUUGUUCUAUUCCAAAGCGUA